AUGGUAAAGAAAAGUCCGCAUCAUAAAGGACUUGGCCAUUUUUGCUUUUGUAUUGGGUUACGGUUGGGUUCAAUUUUAUUGACUAUAACCUGGCUGUUAGGAGGGAUAGCGUCGGCGGUUCUAUUUAUAAAAUAUCCAAUAUACGAGAUGAAGAAAGAGUUAACGAUUACACUAUUAAUGUUUUCAUUCAGUGCAACGAUAUUCGCAGUUUAUGGCCUAUACGCACUGAUAAUACGGAAAUCUGAUAAAUCAAUACGAAUCUAUUCAAAUUUGUCAUGGGUUCUAAUGGUCCUAAUUUGGUUGAUAUUAAGUCUGACAAUGAUAGCAUCACUUACCGCAUCGUACAAAACUUCACUUAAAGAUUGUCGAGCAUUUAUGAUUUAUAAAUAUCCGCCAAAGAAAAUCGAAGGAUUUUGUGAAAAUCGGGUAAAAACUAGCAUUAUUGAAGUGGCAGUGGGAACUUUGACCGCAUGUUUGGUUAAUAUUUAUUUUUCAAUAAUGCUCAGAGCUUACCUCGCCAGGCGCGAACAUAAAGCCCGAUUCAAAAAUAGACGUGACUCACUUGCCAGCACAGCUGUAUUUACCUAUUCGGUUAAAUCGGAUAAUCUUACGAACCGCAGUUAUAGUAUGGAUUUCGAAAGUCUAUUAAAGAAAAUCAAACCAAAAUCACUAUCAUCAGCACCAUCACAAAGAAGCGAGGAAGACGCGGCGGCGGCAUACGCGGAAUUCGUUUCACUACCUUCAAUCGCUUAUAAACAGAAUAAGCGUAAUACUAGACACAUGCAUACGAGUAUCGAUGCUGUGUUGGAAACUGAAGAAGAUAUUACUGACUAUUCAGCAUGA